AUGAAAAAUUCAGAGGUUAUGGAAUAUGAUCAAGAUGAAUUGAUUAGUAUAUUACAGGAUAAUAGUGAUCAUAAUGAAGCUGAUUCAGACAUAGAAGGAAGUCCCAAAAGUCAAGGUAUGUAUAGUUCGGAUGAAGCAGAGUUCUCAACUACUAGAAUAAUUUGA